GCCAACGACAAAUCGACCCUCAGUGGUGUGAAUUGUGGCAAGCUGGUUGGGUUGCACGAUGGAACUGUUCUUGUUAAAACAUAUGACUGGUCAGGCCAUCUUGCUCCUUAUUUCAAAAAGUUAACAGGAAUCAGCAAAUUUCACCACUUUCGCUUCAACAAAAAUUAUCCAGGGAAGGUGUUUUACAAGGAACAUGCGGACGCAACAGAGAAAGAAUUUCAAAUGUUGAAAGACGCAAGCAUACUCCCUCCCCGUCUCCUUCCUCCACAAGUUUUACCUAGUGGACUUGAUGACGAGCGUAGGAGAUAUCUGCACAAAGAAAUUAGAGAGUUUUGUCGACCUGGCACGGAGGAUUUUGUGGCCCCUGUAGUACCAUAG